AUGUUCAGACAAGACUACAACCGCAUCGACGCAAAACGGCGCCAUGUCGACCACCGCAAGAAACAGUUUGCCGAGGCAGUGUACAAAGAAACGCAAUACUCCCACAGGCUCAAUUUCUACGCGACGCCUCCGACCGCAGACAUCACCCUCGAGCAAUUUGAGCAAUGGGCCAUAGACCGGUUGAGGGUUCUCGCCGAGCUCGAAGCAUGUUCCUUCCGCAACAAAUCUCUUGACGAGACCGCUACCCAUAUGAAGCCGUUGCUGGAGAAAUACCUCCGCCUAGAUCACAACAGCUCGAAACUGCCGCAGCUGCCUGCGCAAAGGCAGAAAGAUCACUACAGCCACUUCAUCUUACGCCUUGCUUUCGCAUCCACGGAGGACCUGCGACGACGAUUCACGCGCGUCGAGACGAUGUUGUUUCGGCUGCGUCUUGCCGCAGAAGACGCGAAAGAACGCAACAAGUUCGUCGAGAGCCUAAACCUGGACUGGGAGAUGGUCUCAGAGGACGAGAAGAGGGAGCUAGCGAGUCAAUUGGCAGCCGCCAGCAACUAUGGACGCAAGGGCCCGCCCGAGGACGAGACGUGGUGCAAGGUCGACUGGGAGCGAGUGCCAGAUCUGGUCGAGGGCAGAAGGGUGUUCCUCAAGGCUGGGCAGGCCUAUGUGCCUUCCAAGGAGCAGUCCAGCAUGGUCCUGGCCGAGUUCACUUCCAGGCUAGAGAGAGCCCUCGAGCUCACUGCACGCGCGCUCCCACGACUCGACGAAGACGACCGCCUAACUCCAAUCCUCGAUCACUUGUCCAAGAACUUCAUCACCCCCGAUGCCUCCUACCAGAGCGGCUCCGGCGACUUACCCUCCGGCGCCGAGAUAACGGCACGCAAUAUCGACAACCUGUCACAGCAUUUCCCCGCGUGUAUGUCGCAUCUGCACCGCUCGCUGCGGCGCGAUGCCCAUCUCAAACACUACGGCCGUUUGCAAUAUACGCUCUUCUUGAAAGGCAUCGGCCUCAAUCUGGAGGAGUGUCUCAUAUUCUGGCGGCAGUCGUUCCACAAGAUCACGGAUGAUCAGUUCAACAAGGAUUACCGGUACAACGUGCGGCACGCAUACGGCGAUGUCGGUGGUGACUCUAAUAGGCGUGGCGGUGGCUACAGUCCAUUCAGCUGUCAAAAAAUUCUGACGGAGCACCCUCCAGGCCCAGGCGAGGCCCACGGAUGUCCCUACCGGCAUUUCAACCUGGAGAACUUGACGGCGCUGAUGCAAUCUAUGGGCGUCAACGACAGAGGGGUGCUACAGGGCGUGAAGGAGGACAAGGACAAGCAGAAAUUCCACAUGGCUUGUAAUCGUGUAUUCGAGUAUCUACAUAAGGCUGAGAUCAAGAAAGCCAAGGAUGAGAGCAUCAUGAGCGCGACGCAGCUUGAAACAAUUGUCCACCCGAACGAGUACUUUAAACGAAGCUACCUGCUGAAGAAUAUGGGCAAGGAUAGCAGCGGCGAGAAUGUUAAGAUGGAAGGCUGA